UCCAGCUUUUAGUUACGCAUAAAGCGAUCAAGGGAUUUAUUCACGAAAUUCCAUUGAAGGAUCUCAAAGACGGCGUUAAGCCCCGAAGAGGCUAUUCGGGAGUUUGGAUCCAUCAGUUGGUGGGUGAUCUCGGUCUAUUUCCGAAUUGUUGCACUGAUGGUAUUCUGUUGUAGGUCCUCUUAGGGUACUACUGGUCGCGUAGGAGCUUUACAGAUGUGGCAUUCAUGUCAUGGAGUGACUUCAUAGACCGGGUCUUCCUAGGGACUAUCAAGGCGGACCUAAUCUGGGGAGGUGUAGAUCUAUCUGGUGCUCUUGAUAUGGUCCCUGGGCUUAAAGACCCCAGCACACGCGAGCGUUUCCUCCACUCUUUAAAUAAAAUCAACGCCACCUUUGGUACCGUCAAUGAACUGCUGCGGGCGGCAGGGAAGUUCGACCUCAUCGGAGACCUCGAUUACAUCGCUAAAUACAAGAUGGGAACGCCACGGCCAGAAACACGCCUCCUCUCACUCGAUGGUCGCGACGACAAUAUAGAUAUUCGGUCUUGGAUUUUCAGGCGCGAAGGGAGCCAUAACUUCGAUCAUGUCGAAGCAUGCGUAACGCCUAGCGAGCUGCCCGCGCACCCCAAGUAUCGAUGGAUGAAGCAACAGCAUGUCCGCUCGCUAGAUCGACACGUCGAAUGGCACGUUUUCAUGAUCAAAGGGAAGGUCAAGUGUGUGUUCUAUGUUAUGCCGAUGGAUGAGGUUGGAUUGCGGGAGGUGCACGGAGUGGAGCGAGACGAAUAUUCGUACCGCUCUGUGUGGCUGAGAACGAAAGGCUGGGAUUUGGCUACGAUGAACACAUUUGCGCGCAGAAGCAAUGGCCAGCUCGUGCAUAGGUCAGGUGGGACUCGGGCUUCGCUGGAGCAGGCCGAUGCAGAGAUGAGGAAGUUCGCCGAAGGUACUCUAGCCGAGCUGAUUCGGUUGGAGAAACGGUGGUUCAAGGGACAGCUCUCGAUAGAGACAUUUUGCCGGAUGGAUUUGGGGAUCAUGCAAGAUGAGAGUGGACAGUUGCGGUACUUUGUGCAUGGGAUUAGGAGGGGCUCGUUUAUUGAGAUGUUCCCGUCGGAAGUCGAGGAUGGGAUCUUUCAGUAUCUCAGUAAUGAAAUCCUGAAGGCGUUGAGGGGGUAAGUGAGAACUGGUGAGGAGGAGAGGAUGUCUCUGCACGUGUGGAGGUCUGUUUUGUGCUUGUCUGAUUCAUUUCUUAUCGUAUUGCUUUCGGACUCGAAAAUGUUGGUUUUACGUGUACAAAGAAUGCAUUUUGAUGGAUGAAAAUGAGUAUUUUGUUGUCUUUCGA